AUGACUUUUUGGAAGGAAGUCGCACGUUUGGGCUUCAUCUCGUGCUGUACGACUACAAAAGUAUCUUCUAUCUCAAAAAGUCUCAAAACCACCCCAUACACAACUCACCUAGUAGUGCUGCUCAAGCUUUCCAAACUGAUUUUAGUCCUUCACUUCCUACCUACACUUUUGCCUCUACAAAAAAGUUGGAUUUUUGGGCCUACAUCACCCUUUGUAUUAUUUAGAUUAACGCAACGCUUUUCGGCACGUCACAUGUCUGGAACCCAUUUUUCGAAAACUGAACGUCAGGUCUGUUCCUCGACUCAGCCUCAAGCAGAAAAUCAUGACCCGCAUGUUAUACCCAUUCCUGCGGUUCUCGGACAAGAAUUGUCUCAUUCGAGGAGAUCAAUCAAGAAAAUGACAUCAUUCCGAGACUUAAAAGUCGUCAGCAGUUCUAGACGAAUUACGAAUCCUCCAGAGACAUGUGUUGAAGAAGCUUCGUCUAUACCUGGGAGCAAUUCUUCUAGCCCGACCAGAGCGACAUCUAAACCUUUCGCUACUAUAUCUCACGUCAUACAUUGGAUACGCGACUCGAAGAAACAUAAUCCCAAGAAGGGAAUCCCAGAAGAAUCCACAAAUUGUAACUUGGGUAGAACUCCAAGCCGCAUUAGGUCUGGUACUUUACCAUCGCCUCGCUCACCAGACAUGGGCGUAAAAUCAAGAAAUGAAUAUCACCCUCAACAUGCACGGAGGCAAUCACAGGUCGGUGUCAUUGAGUCACAUCUAACUGGUUUCAAGCCAGACCAUCGUAGAUUAUCUUAUGACAAGAUGCCCGAAGAAAAAGUAACACCAUCCAAGAGUCAAAAUACUGACGAAAACCCCACAAUCUCAUGUCAAUUUCAAUCUUACAAGCAAGAUCCAGAUAAUCGAUCUUCUUUUGAAACUCUAGACGGCAACAUAGAUUUCGAAUAUGAUGAUGAUACAAUCCAAUUACCCAAGUGGCCAGAUUGUCAUGAUUCCUAG